GUGCUUCAUGCAAUGUUGAGGAUGGUUGCUGGAUAUGACGUUUCCAUUCCUGAUGUGUGCUUCAUGCAAUGUUGAGUUUUGCUCUAUGAAGUAGUGAAAGCCGGGAAAUUUGAGAAAGGAUAGGAAGAGCUCCGCUAAGCUGGUGGGUAUUCCGCACAGUUAAGGCUAUGGCGCUCGACUUAGAACCAGACCUUGUAGAAGAAGAAGAAGAAGAAGAAGAAGGGGAAGUACAACUUGAUGCACCGGCACAUCACCCUUCUGCUCCGCCUGAUGAGUUGUUUGACAUCUCAACUACAGUUGAUCCUAGUUAUAUAAUCUCUCUGAUACGGAAACUUCUACCAACUGAUGCAAGUAAUAACCAUGAUUCUCUUGGCGUUGAUGCACGUGUUGACAUGAAUCAAGUACAAAAUACUGGUCAUGUGGAAGAAUGUUCAGCUUCUCUCUCUGGAGAUGAAAUUCUGAACUUUUCAAAUAAUAACUCUGAGAGCAUGAAGAUUGUUGGGGAUUAUGAUCAACAUGCUCGACAAGAAGGAGAAGAUGAAGAGUCAUGUCGUAGAUCUGAUCAGCCUAGUAUAUCAUCAGGAGAAGAGGCUUGGGAAGAGUAUGGUUGCAUUUUAUGGGAUCUUUCUGCAAGUAAAACUAAUGCAGAGCUCAUGGUACAAAACCUAGUCCUUGAAGUACUUUUAGCAAACCUUUUAGUUUCCCAAUCUGUGCGUGUUAAGGAGAUUAGCCUUGGAAUUAUAGGAAACCUUGCCUGCCAUGAAGUUCUGUUGAAACAUAUAGUCUCUACAAAUGGAUUGGUUGAGAUAAUUGUGGAACAAUUAUUUCUAGACGAUGCUCAAUGUCUAUGUGAAGCUUGUCGGUUGUUAACUUUGGGUUUUCAAAGUGGUGAAUGUAUUACAUGGGCUGAAGCAUUGCAGUCUGAACAUAUUCUAUGCCAGAUUUUAUGGAUUGUGGAAAAUACCUUAAAUCUACAGCUUAUUGAAAAGAGUGUUGGACUAUUGUUAGCCGUCAUUGAAAGUCAGCCAAAAGUUGUGCAUGUUCUUCUUCGACCUUUGAUGAAGCUAGGAUUACCAAGUUUAUUGAUUAAUCUCUUGACUUUUGAGAUGAGCAAAUUAAUGAGUGAAAGAAUACCGGAAAGGUACCCAAUUCUUGAUGUAGUCCUUCGCGCAAUUGAAGCUCUUUCUGCUAUAGAUGGUUAUUCUCAAGAAAUCUGUUCAAAUAAGGAACUUUUUAGACUGGCUUGUGACAUGGUCAAACUCCCUGACAAAGUUGAGGUUGCCAGCUCUUGUGUUACUGCUGCAGUACUGAUUGCAAAUAUUAUUUCUGAUGUAUCUGAUUUAGCUUCAGAGAUUUCACACGAUUUGCCUUUCGUACGGGGGCUGCUUGAAAUAUUUCCUUUUGCUUCGGAUGAUCUAGAAGCCCGAAGUGCACUCUGGAGCGUCAUUGCAAGGUUGCUAUUUCAUGUUCAGGAAAAUGAGAUGAGUCAGUCAAGUCUCUCUCAGUAUGUUUCAGUUCUUGUAAGCAAAUCUGAUCUGAUUGAAGAUGAUCUUCUCGAACAUCAACUAAAUGACUCCAGCAAAGGGCAUAAGGAGGGCUUGACCACUUAUUGCACAAAAUCAAAUGCUAUAAGAACAGCUCUUAGAAGGAUGAUCUGUAUUUUAACCCAAUGGACUGCUUCAAAUGACUCUGCUGAAGUGACUAACAUGGCAAGUGAGCUUAAUGAAGAUAAUGUCAAUGUGAAUAGAUUGGUUGAUUGCUGUCGUAAAUAUUCUGAUUUUGCAGGUAGAAGUCAAGUGGAUCUUUUAAGCGACCACAUGCAUGUUAUCCAAAACAUUUGGCUGCUUAAUGCAAUACACUAGGUUGUGGGGAUGGAAUGCUUGAAAAGCAAAUAUCAUUUUGAGCUUUUUUUGUACCUUGAAUCGACUCUGCACUUUUGACACUUUCUUGUUGCCAAACCACAGAACAUUAGAACAUUGUGAAAAGGAAAUGAGUGAGAAUUAAGUCUGUCAUGUUUGCUGUUUCAUUGUAAUAGAGACUAUAAAUUUAGAAAGGCAGAAUGGGGGAUUACCAAAAAUACAAAAUAAAAAGACUUUUUUUUUGCAAUCC